AAAAGUGAAACAGUGCUACAGUAUCUCCAGGGAAGCAAACAAGCAAAGGUACUGGAAGUCUUAUGUAGGUGGGGACAGGCCUUUUUUUUCCACACACACCCCCACUUCCAACCACCCUUUUCCAGAAGGCAAAGGAGGAUGAAGAGCAGUGCCAUGCCUGGAGGGAGCCCCUCAGCCAGCACAGGUGUACAGGACAGUGCUCCAGUCAGCUGAGUGAUUACUGUCAACCCGUUUGGAAAACCCAUUGUUGAAAGGCAACAAGAUGAAUAGAAAUACAGAGUUAGUCACAAGGAGCGCAACCUCAGAACCAGCCUCUCUGACAAACAGCCUAGGGGUGGAAAAGAUGGAAGUUGCUUCUGAACUGAGCAGCCCAACUUUGCACAGUGAAGACAGUGGGUUCUUUGAAAGAAGUAUUAAGACAAUGUUAAGCAUCCGGAAAUCAAAACUAAGUCUGAACAAAGAGAAAGGUAAGGAAGGUACAGGUACUUGGAAAGGAAAACGAAUUUCUUUGCGAUUCUCCAAGACCUAUGAGAACAAAAGCACAACCUGUAAUGGCGUGGAAGAGACUAGUGAGAAGAUAACAGCAGAGCCUAUUCAAGGAAAACCUCUUUCAGUAAUGGAAAUCAAUGAACUUAUUCAGAAAAGGCAACUUCUGGAAGCAUUUGCAAGUAUCAAGUACUUGGAAGAUGAGACUAUAGCUGAAAGGAAUGAUGAGAAAUACAAAGAUAACCCCCAGGAGCUUAUGAGGAAAUCAAAGGAUGUGGAUUUGCUUUAUAACUCCAUCACGAAUGCGAUCCAGUCCAUUGUGGUGGGAACACUGGAGUGUCCUACUGUGGAGGAUACCAUGUUGACUUCCCUGGUGACUUUAAUUGCCCUUGAAGAAGCAGCUCAUCCUAACACCAGCAAUGCUGCUGGUCCUGGGUCAGACUUGCUCGGCACACCCAGAAAGUGGAGAGAAGAGUGGAGGAAAGCUGUCAACGAGAGCACUAGAAAGAGAGUCCAGAGGGUACCCAUGGCAUCAAAGGAAGAAGAGAGUUCUUGGCUUGAUAGCCACUUACAUUUCCUCCAGAAAUACCUGGGUGAAGACUUAUUGAAAAUCAAGUUAUUAGUAAAAAAGUCUUAUCCAGAGGAGUACCAGGUGUGUGACGUGUAUGUGGAGGCUUUUCACAAGGCCAUUGCCUCACAUUUGCAAUAUCUCUCCCAGAGACCGCUGGAGUUCAAUGAGCUCUACACCUUGCUUGACUGGGUGGCCAACAUCUACCGCAGUGAACUCUUUCUGGGUCACCCUGAUCUCAAACCAGAAUUUAAGACAGAAAACCUGUCCCUGCUGUUAACACCAGCUGAUUGGGAUAAACUGAAGAAUGACUACAUCACUUCUGCAAAGGGGAAAAUCAAAAGCUAUUUUGGAAACAUCCUGAGACUGGAGGUCACAGAGAAGUGGGAGAAGGAAGUUCAUCCAGAAGUGAAGGAAAACCUCUACCACUCCUCGCUCUCCUUUGAUAUUCAAACGAUCAUUGGGGAGCACGUGAAGAUAUCUGGAGCAAUCAGCAAAAGCCUGGGAACAAAAAUGCUUGAGCUGUGCCUGGAAGAGCUGCAUGAAUUCAUACAAAGGUUCGGGGAGGACUUUGUGGUGUGGAGCACUGCCCAGGACAGCCCCAUCUUUGCACCGUAUUUUGCUGCCUACAUCAACAGUUUCCAUGACCUGAUGUCAGGGUUAGAAACAGCGUUUGAAGUCAACAUUGAGGAACUGCAGAAGAUUUUGGCAGCUCUGACAAGGAACUUCACAAAUAUUUUUUUAAAUAAAUUAAGAGCAAAAACACAGCCACUCCUUAAGAAAAUCCUGACCAAGGACUGGAUUUUGGCAACAGAAAGGCCGGACUCACUGGCAUCGGCGGUAUCGCAGUUCUCUGAGCCUCUGCAGCACAUGAGGGAGCCCAUGGGGCAGGAACUUCUACGCGACAUUCAUAAAUAUGUGGUGAGGGAAUACAUCACGGAGGUCAUCAAAUCCAGACGGAAAAUUAAUAAGGAGGCACGGCAGCAAGUGAGUGAAAAGAUGAACCAGGAAGCCAGAAUCCUUAAUAAUACACUUAUCGAUCAGGGCUCUGACUCCAACUGGCUCCUUCCUGCCAUACAUCACAUCGCCAAUAUCAUUGGGGAGAAGAAAAAAGACAAGAUCAAGGAGUGCGUCAAGGAGCUGUGUCAGGAUUAUCCAGAUAUCAAGAAGGAACACGUCCUGGCUGUCCUCGUGCUCCGGGGGCUGGGGCGCACCAGGAGAGCGGCUAUUUUGCAGCAAAGCUACCGUGCGCUGGAAAGCCCCGACGGUGGGGAGGGCAGCACUCUCUUCACUGAAAUCGAUGCCCCAGUGAUCAUCAGCUGCUUCUAAAACAGAACCCAAACAGCAGUCCUCCCUCCUCCUAUGCUGCCUCUACAGCACGAUCCAAAAUCUGCUACCCUGCCUCACCCAUCUGCAAUGCAACUUUUGACUACAGUGGGAAAAGGAGUACUUUUCUGAACUUGCUACCCUGAGUUCAGAAACCAAAGGCAACAGAUAUGCCAAGGCCCUGACCUUCUGCAAGAACCCCUGAGCAGCAACUCCAGCCCAGGCACUGCAUCCAACCUGUCUUCAAUACACAUUCUAUUGCUAGGAAGCUGCUCUGUUGUUUGGUCCAAGAUUGAGUCUCUUCUCAGAGAACAGGAGAAAACCAAAAGGAGCUCGCUCAGAGCUACAUUAGGCUUGGACUCUGUGUUGCAUAAUUAUACAGCACAGAGCAAGAGCCUCCUUCAUAAUUAGUGUCUCUGAGCAACCACGGGCCAGAACUUGGAUAGGGAUGUGGUAGUGCCCAAGACUUAUUUCCUCCCCUGUGAACCAGCUGGCUGAGCUGGCAUAACACAAGGUCAGUGAUGUUGUGACCUGAUGCCACAAACCACUACCUGCCUGAGGAGGAAAACCUUGGAGUAACCAAACCCCACAGCUGGGACAUGGAGCACAUGGACCACUCUGUACUCCAAUAUGGACGCUGUCUCCCUUCUGGUGUUUCAGCAGAUUUUCCUCACUCGUGCGCUGCCUUGUAAAACUCCUGUUGGACCGAAGACCUGUUCAUGCCAUCACAGCCUCUCUGUGUGGGCAGACAUGUCUGGAUCAGAAGUACCAUGUGGAGGGAGGCUCCAAGUCCUGCCUGCCCCAGGGAAAAGGGCCACCAUAUCCCUAGUCCCUUUUCUUGUAUGUUCAAAUAUAUUUUAACAAAUCUG